GUCUCUGAUCUCUAAGUGAGGGACGUAGAUCGAAAUAAAUGGCUGCUGCCACGGCGUCACCGUCAGUCACCGUACGUAAAGGCGGAAUUAUGGCUCGUCAGGUUUAGGCAGAUUUAGAUAAGAUUAAUUGAGUAUUAUCAAAAUCGUGCGAGCGUUUCGACCGCGUAACAUCGGUGCAAGAACGAGGAGGAGAGAUGUCCGGCUUUGACGAGAAUCCCUUCGGGGAGCCUACGAUUAACGAUCCUUUCUCGGAUCCAGCGAUACGAAGAGCAGUAACUUCUACACCUGCUAGUAGAGGCCUUGAAGAUUAUAAUCCUUUUGCCGAACAAGGCACUCAAGGAACUACACAAGUCAGAGGAGCAGUAAAUCCACCAAUCUAUGGAGGAGUUGGUGCGACACAGCAACCUGCUACGCUUCAACCUACUAAUCAAGAAGCACCUCCUCCUGCAUAUGCUCGUACUCCCCAACAAACAGUUAAUGCAGCACUUGGAAAUAUGUCACCUCCAUCAGAUCAACGGGCAGAAUCAGAAUGGAAAGCGAGGGCAGAAGAAGAAAUGAGAAAUACCCCGUACUAUCCAAGACGAAAUAAUUGGCCACCAUUACCAGACAAGUGUUGUUUCCAACCAUGCUUCUACCAAGAUAUUGAUGUGGAAAUUCAUACAGAUUUCCAAAAAACAGUGAGGCAAUUGUAUUACCUAUGGAUGUUUCAUGGUUUUGUUCUGCUAUUGAACGUAAUUGGAGGAUUUGUCUUGAUGCUGUGUGGCCAGGGUUUCUCAGCCUUCGGUUUGGCUAUCUUAUAUCUCAUACUCUUCACCCCAUUCUCCUUUAUGUGCUGGUUUAGACCAGCAUAUAGAGCUUUUAAAAAUGACAGCUCUUUCAAUUUUAUGGUUUUUUUCUUUGUCUUCUUCUUUCAAUUAAUUGUCACCGGCAUCCAAGCUAUAGGCAUUCCUGGUGCUGGAACAUGUGGCAUAAUUACAGCAAUUAGUAUGUUUGAUGCAACGGCCAAAGGUGUUUUUGUUGGUCUUAUUAUGCUCUUUGUCGCUAUUUGUUUUCUUCUUGCGGCAGGAGGUGAUCUCUUACUGCUUACUAAGAUCCAUCGCAUUUAUCGUACCUCCGAUGCGAGUGUUACGAAGGCGCAGCAAGAAUUUGCUACAACAUUUUUGCGAAACGAGCAUGUGCAAAAUGCUGCGAGUAAUGUUGCGGCGAGUGCAGUUCGCUCGCAAAUGGCUAACGCUAGCCAACCACGCUAUUAAAUAAUUCUAUCAUUUAUUUGUCCUACAAAAAACACUAUGUUCUGGCUUUCAUCAUUCAGUAAGUGGAUAGAUCUCAUUAGUUCCACUACUUAUGGAUUAUACAAAACGAUCAUAGAAUAUUGCAAAUUUUAUUCUUAUAAUGAAAUUCUGCAAUAGACUUGAAAAUUAUACUUCAUGAUCAAAUUUAUUCUCUGAUACGCUAAUUAUCAUUAUUAAUACUG